AUGUCAGGUCUUGCUUCAGACGUCAGGUCUUGCUUCAGACGUCAGGUCUCGCUUCAGACGUCAGGUCUCGGCUUCAGACGUCAGGUCUCGCUUCAGACGUCAGGUCUCGCUUCAGACGUCAGGUCCUGCUUCAGACGUCAGGUCCUGCUUCAGACGUCAGGUCUUGCUUCAGACGUCAGUCACAUCUUGUCGGCGGUGGAGCGUCUGUCUCUGCGUCACACUGAACACAUGCAGCUUUACGGCAGUGAGCAGGGGAACCAGCAGCGUAUGAACGGCGUGGCCUGGAACCCAGACUUCAACACCUUCACCUGGGCCAUUGCCGACCGGAAAAGCAGCGUCCGGAUUCCCGCCUGUGUGAACCAGGGCAGGAGGGGGUACCUGGAAGACCGCCGCCCCUCCUCUGACUGUGACCCAUACCUGGUCUGCACCAUCCUGGUCCAGACCACUCUGCUCCACAGUUAG